AGGACUUGCUGCCAUGGGCCUCGCUGCCACUGUUCAGGAAAAGAUGGGGCCUCAGCGUCUGACAUCCUGGUCCCAGGACACAGUGACCUUCCCUGAUGUGGCUGUGAGCUUCUCCCCUGAGGAGUGGAUGUGCCUGGACUCCUCUCAGAGGAAGCUCUACAGAGACGUGAUGCUAGAGACCUACCAGCACCUGCAGGCAGUAGCAGGGCAUUGUGAGAUGAAGCCUGCACUGAUUUCCUGGUUGGAAGGAGGAACCUUGGAGAGGCUACAGAGAGGUAUGUUUGCAGGUUCACUGAGUGAUGGUGUUUGGGGUUACUCUUGGCCCUAUGCUUCAGGAAUCUCUCCUGGUGGGCUUAGGGAACAUUAUGAUGUGCCAGGAAUUAAAUGCUGGUCAGCCUCUUGGAAGGCAAAACUCUCCCUGCUGUGCUUUCUCACUACACCAAUCAGAAAUACUUUUUUGUGGGGCUGGAGAGAUAGCAUGGAGGUAAGGCGUUUGCCUUUCAUGCAGAAGGUCAUCGGUUUGAAUCCCGGUGUCCCAUAUGAGGUCACUAAGGAUGAUUUGACCUCAUGA